AUGUCUUUGUUCCUCCGAAACGAACCUUCGGACGAUGCCUUCUUGUGCAAGGUUUUCCCUGCCAGCCUCGGGAACCUGGGCCUCACAUGGUUUAACCAGCUCCCCGCCCAGUCAAUCUUCUCGUUUGACUCCCUCUGCGAUGCCUUCAUGGCUCGGUUCGUCACGAGCAACAAGCACGAGAAAGAGAUCGAUUCCUUCCUCGCCCUUCGUAAACGAAACGACGAAAUGCUCCGCCAGUAUGCCUGUCGCUACUGGGAGUUGUUCAAUGAAAUAGAAAGCUGUGACGGUGUCAUCUCGGCCAGAGGAUUCAAGCUCAGUCUCACUUCCCAGGACGAGCAGGUCUAUAACGAGCUCGCCCGCCACAAGCCCAACUCCAUAAAAGACCUCAUGACUCGCAUCGAGGGCUGGUGCCAGCUCAUCAAAUCCAAAGCGAAGAGGGGCAUCGAGAAGCCCACAAGCUCAAAGACAGCGUCCGCCUCGGCGGCUGCUCCGGCUCUUGUACCUAUUUUAACCCCUAAAAAGCAGGUCAACAACAUCAAACAGUCCCCGAGGAAGGGACCGAAGCCAGGCGACUUCAACGCCGAGAAAACCGUCUUUACCAUUCCUAUCUACCGGAUUAUCGACCAACUUGUCGUAGGAGGCCAUCUCGGUAACCUUAUUGACCACGAGAAGACCAGCACUCGGGCACAACGUGCCAAAAAUCAUACCGAAGAAGAAGUUCAAAUGAUCCAUGUUAUCCACAGCCCUCUGAACUCCGAAGGCGCUCGUAUGAUUCGUGCCAAGCUGAAUGACGCCUCCUCUUCCAAACAGCUCCCACAUAAUGAUGCUCUCGUGGUCACAUUACGCAUCGAAACCUUUAACGUCCGACGCGUCCUCGUGGACCAAGGCAGCUUGGUCGAGGUCAUGUACUAUUAUCUGUUCAAGGAUUUGAAGAUCCUAGACACCAACCUCCAUCCCUCUGAAGUCCCUCUCAUCGAGUUCAAUGGGGCUCUGGUAUGGCCCCUCGACAUGAUCACUCUUCCCCCGUCCGUGCCGGAUCGGUGGUCCUUGACAUGGAGUUUGUGGUGGUCAAUGUUCCUAGCCCUAUCGAAGUCCAUCCAAGAAACGGUCCCUGUACAAGUCGGCCUCAAUCUUUCGAACUUGUUUCUUGUAUUCCACUCCGACCGCGUCCCAGCCUUUGUCGUAGCCCUUAUUCCUCGCGAACUCGACCUCUCAGGCUCUGGUGACCCUCAAGGUGUUAUCGUCCUCCUUGGCCUUAGUGGCUCUGCCCUCGGCGAGCACCCAUUCUCUGUCGCAUCUUUGGAAAUUGGUCAACUUGCCAACACAAAAUAG